UCUGCGUUGCUCCAAAAGUUUGCACUGCUCCGAAAUGAGUAGGAGUAGUCGCUCUGAGUAUUUAGUAGACUAAUGUUGUUUAUCUGGAAAUGGUUUUUUAAUACAUAAUCAUGUUUACAAUGUAACAUGUUAAGAUGUGUCAAACAUUUAUAUUUAGUAUUUAUCUCUGUCUUCUUUGGAGCUUUGGAACAUGUCUUGUACUCACCGCAGCUAACAAGAGUGAGGAAGCUCACCAAGGUUACAGACCACUUGGUCCUUUGGUUAUGUGUAAAUUUUUGCCUAAAGAGUUUCUAGAGUGCGAGGAUCCUGUUGACCAUAAAGGGAAUAAGACAGCGAGAGAAGAAAUGGGACAUGGCUGUGUCAAGUUUGGAGGCUCACGAUAUGAAGAUGUAGAGAGGACUAAGGUUUCCUGUACUGUUCUUCAGGAUAUAGAAUGUUUUGGAUCUAGAUCAUUCUUUCGAGAAGGUGUUCCUUGUAUAAAAUACAGUGGUCAUUACUUUGCUACUACUUUACUUUAUAGUAUACUCCUAGGCUUCCUUGGAAUGGACAGGUUUUGUCUUGGGCAGACUGGAACUGCUGUUGGGAAACUGUUGACUUUGGGGGGUAUCGGUGUAUGGUGGAUUGUUGAUGUGAUAUUACUUGUAACAAAUUCACUGCAACCUGAGGAUGGGAGUAAUUGGAAUCCUUAUGUCUAAUGCUAAACUAUUAUUACAAGUAUACUAAAAGUCUUGACAGCAUUUAUCAGUGAUAUUACAUAUGUAUCAAUUAAGCUUGAUAAGGAUACAAUAAAACAACGAAACUCUUGACACAAAA